GCCUCUUCUUCCUUAAUCCUUAUAAUUUCCAUAACAUUCCACUCUAUAUAUUCCACCAAAAACCACUUCUGUUUCAACACGAACUACCCAAUAAUCCAUAUGACUCGCUCUAAUUUGGUUCUUACAUCUCUUCUCUUCUUUAUCCUUAAAGGAGUUUCAUGUGCUACUUUUACAUUUGUCAACAAGUGCAGCUACACAGUCUGGCCGGGAAUUCUAGGCAAUCCAGUUCUUGAUAGCACCGGAUUUGAACUCGCAAACGGUAAUUCACGUUCCUUUCAAGCUCCGGCAGGAUGGUCCGGUCGCUUCUGGGGAAGAACAGGUUGUAACUUUGAUUCCACCGGCCACGGAUCAUGUGCCACGGCUGAUUGUGGUUCCGGAGAAGUGCAAUGUAAUGGUGCCGGAGCAACCCCACCGGCCACCCUGGCGGAGUUCACCCUUGGAUCGAUAUCAGGUUCGGCCACACAGGACUUCUACGACGUCAGCCUUGUCGAUGGGUACAAUUUACAGAUGAUCGUGGAGGUGAGCGGUGGGUCGGGUGAUUGCAGGACGACGGGGUGUGUAGAUGACUUAAACCGGCGGUGUCCGACUGAGCUGAUGGUGGAGGGUGGCGGAGGUUGUAGAAGCGCAUGUGAGGCGUUUGGGACGCCGGAGUAUUGCUGUAAGGGAGAGUUCGAUUCGCCCAGCACGUGUCAGCCAACGGCGUACUCGCAGGUGUUUAAGACGGCGUGUCCGAGGUCGUACAGCUACGCGUACGAUGAUGCAACUAGUACUUUCACGUGUACGGAUGCUAAUUAUGUGAUCACAUUUUGUCCCUCACUCCCAAGUGGAAAAGUUACGAAAGGAUUAAUGAGGCCUACAAAUGGGAGUGAGUCGGAUCCCUUGAAAGAAUUCUUUUCGAAUAGUUCAUUGUAUGCCGAUCUUGCUGCUGGAAAUUCAAUUGGCAUCGACCAUUUUUCUUUAAAACUUAUAUUUAUUUUGUUUAUUAUAUAUUUCACACAUAUUAGUUUUUUUGGUAUGUAAUUUCAUUUUGAUUCAAGCUUGAGCCUUG